CUCCACCACUUUCUGAAAGGUGUCUCAUUUAACAACAGCGCAGGGGAAACGGUGUCCUUCAACCAAAAAGGGGAAUUAGUAGCGGGAUUUGAUGUUAUAAACUGGAUCACUUUCAUAAAUGAGUCUUUCCUUAGAGUGAAAGUGGGUAGAAUAGACCCGAAGGCUCCCCCUGCCAAAGUCCUCUUUCUUCAAGAUGAUGACAUUGUAUGGCCCAGUAGCUUUAAUCAGGUAAUGACUGUGCAUAUUUCAACUUGAAAAUAUGUUUUCAGUAAUAGAGCUCAACUGCCUAUUGCCUGCUAAAUGCUUUCAAGCAUUAUACCAUUACAGGAAUUAGGAACCUAUAAACCUCGAACUUCCUGGGGCUGUUGGUAGUUGAAAUUCAGAAAUAUCUGGACACUGAUAGGUUCCCAAUCCACAGCGCCCACCUAUUUUUAAUCAAUCAAUUAAUUUUGUGAACUUUAUCCAAAGAUCAUUGGGAGGUUCACAACAUGAAAAAUACAAAACGAAAAGUCAAAAUACAUAAUAAAACAAAGCACAAGCAAAAUAAACCAUUAACCCCACUAACCACUAACAUUUAAAAGUCCAUUGAAUGAUAAUCAGCCAAAGGCCUGGUUAAAGAGGAACGUUCUCAACUGGUGUCUAAAGAUAUGUAAUGAAGGCACCAGGCGAGCAUCCCUGGUGAGAGCGUUCCACAAAUGGGGAGCCACUGUAGAAAAGCCCUGUUCCUCUGUUGCUAUUCUCUGGACCUCUUGUGGAAGAGACACACAAAUAAGGGCCUUAGGUGAUGAUUGCAGGGUCCAGGUUGGUUUAUAUGGGGAGACGUAUUGUAGUCCUAAGAUGUUUAAGACUUUAUAGGUCAAAGCCAGUAUGAAUGGGGCCUGGAAACUAAUUGGCAGUCAAUACAGUCAGGCCAGGAUCAGUGUAAUAUGGUCAAAGCACUUUGCGUGUCAAGGUCCCCAGCCACCACAGGAGAAUAAAGACACAAGGACAUAUAAUUUUAGGUUAAAUGCUAAUGGGCAAAAUUUAGGCCACAACUUUAUUGGUUACAGAAUGUGAGUGGUAUUGGCUUAGGCAUUGGCAUCAACAGACUAUAUCUGACUCCUGUCCGCCUUGCAGGAAGUCUGGUAAGGGCAAAAUACCAAUAGGGGGAGCUCUGCCGAUGCAGAUCGACUCGAGCUCCCCUGGGUUCCUGCUGGGGUUGUGGCAUGGCCCUAGCCCCUCCCCGGGCUUCGGAUGAGAUCCACACACCCCAGAUUCCUUUAACGGAAUACCCUUAAACAACCCUGAUUGAAAUGGAUGUAGAAAAUUAGUUUCCUCCUAGUGCCUGAUUUUGGUCUGCAAACACCUGCUCAAGAAUCCUGCCCAAGAAGGGGAGAUUGGCAACUGACCUGUAGUUACCAUAUUGGCCCGAAUAUAAGCCGCCCUCUUUUUUUUUCCAAAUUCUGAUUGUGAAAUGUUAAAGUGUAGCCUAUAUUCGCAACCUUACGCCACUGGCAAAGUGGUGCUGCUCCCCCCAGAAAACAGCCCUGGAGCAUGGGACAACAGCACCCAUCCCGUCCAGGGCUCCCAAGCCUCCCCCAAGCCACCAAAUUUUAAAGGUGCGGCUUAUUGGUGGGUGCAGCUUAUAUUUGGGCCAAUACGGUACUUAUAUUUUCUGAAUCCAAAGAUGAUUUCGAUGAUUUCUUGAGGAGUGGUUUAGAUAUUGCAAUGCAAACCCCAUAGAAGUAUUGGAUUAUAAAUUACUCUCUCCUCUUUUAUGGACAGACACGGCCACUUUCUUUGUGUAAUGACAAUUGUCGUUCAGGUUACAGAAGAAAAAAGAAGGAAGGGAAACAAUUUUGCUGCUAUGAUUGUAUUCCAUGCGCUGAAGGGAAGAUGUCAAACAAGAAGGGUAAGAUUAGUCGUGUAUAAAGCUUUUGAACUUUGUUGGCAGUGAUCCUACAUGUGCGUAUUGCACAUCAUGCUGUACUGCAACUUUCCCCAAGCUGGUGUCCUCAAUAUAUUUUGUACUACAACUUCCUUCAGUCACCUCUCAGUCUCCCAGCUCUCACCCAGGACUCCUCCCAUUGAACCUGGUUUCACUCAGGGCCCAAACAAAUUCAGAUAUAAUCCCCAGAGUUCACAGUGACAGGCAACAGGGUUGAUGGAGCUCCCUCAGAAUGCCCACAUCUGAAUCCACAUCUGAAUCCCAUUCAGCUUCUCUGCACACACCCUCUUUCAAAGUACAGCAAGUUUAGACUGGCAGGGUUCCCAGGGGGUCGAACAGAUGGCAAACAGGACACGCCUCAACUCAUAUUGCCCUCGUAAUUUCCUGUUCUUUGUCAGGCUAGAUGCACAGCUACCUACACGCCCGUACCUAAUCAACAAGAUGGGGAACAGGAACUACACAUUCCAACCAGAUGGCCCCAUGUUAGAAUUCCCAGUUAGUGAUAGUGAGCGGAAAACAUAUUUCUUCAGUUAUGGGAUUCUGUGUCCUAUAGUCACUGUGGUCUAAAAUGUCAGUUUUCUCCUGGGCCAUUAAUAUGGCUUCUUUGAAAUACAACUGAAUGUGAAUGACUCAAUAACAUAUUUCAGAUUUUAACCGGGGGAACAGUAAUUCAGGGCUUUCAAAUAAGAAUCCUUGAUUAUGCUUGUUUAAGAAUUGUACAAUAUGCAAGGCUGUAGAGAAAUGUUUUUUCAGAUAUGGAUGACUGCAUACUGUGCCAUGGUGGACAAUACCCAAAUAAUGACCGGGAUUUAUGCCUUCCAAAAGAUAUAAGCUUCUUGUCUUACGAAGAACCAUUAGGGAUGAGCACCUCCAUUUUUGCUCUUAUCUUUUCUUCCAUCACAGUCUCGGUGCUUGGAAUUUUCAUAAAGCACAAAGACACUCCUAUAGUCAAAGCCAACAACAUAGACCUCACCUACACCCUCCUCAUCUCUCUCCUGUUCUCCUUCCUUUGUGUAUUCCUAUUCAUUGGCCAGCCAGAGAAGCUGACCUGUCUUCUUCGACAACCUGCUUUUGGCAUAAUCUUCUCCAUGGCUGUUUCUUGUAUUUUGGCCAAAACUAUCACUGUGGUGCUGGCUUUCAUGGCCACAAAGCCGGGAUCCAGUAUGAGGAAAUGGGUGGGGAAAGGAUUGGCCAUCUCCAUUGUUCUGUGCUGCUUCAUGAUUCAAGCCACUAUCUGCACUGUGUGGUUGGCAACUUCUCCUCCAUUUCCAGAUUCAGACAUGCACUCAAUGGCUAAAGAAAUUAUACUGGAAUGUAAUGAAGGCUCAGCCACCAUGUUUUACUAUGUUCUUGGUUUUAUGGGUUUACUUGCCUUCGUCAGCUUCACAGUGGCUUUCCUGGCCAAGAAGUUACCCGACAGUUUUAAUGAAGCCAAAUUUAUCACCUUCAGCAUGUUGGUCUUCUGCAGUGUUUGGUUGUCCUUUGUUCCAACUUACUUGAGCACAAAAGGAAAAUACAUGGUGGCUGUGGAGAUCUUCUCCAUAUUGGCCUCUAGUGCUGGAUUACUAGGUUGCAUCUUUUUCCCCAAAUGCUACAUCAUAGUUGUGAGGCCUGAUCUGAACAGCAAGGCACAGCUCAUUAGAAUAAA